AUGCACCUGGAGUGCGUCGUUGAAGCGAUCGAUCAUCUCAAGGAACUUGGAUUGACAACAACUGCCCCACCUACAAAUAUGGCUAUCACUACAACUAUUACACGAUUUUCAGAAACUAGUACGACUACAUCAAGUGGUAUCACAACUGCGACAGCUCCAACAGAACCGACUCGCACGUCGGCAACUAUUCCUUCUGCGACUUCCGCGAUCCCUUCACGGUCUAUUACGACGAUAACAACCAUUCCCUAUACGGCUACAGCGACAGGAGCAUCGACUCCGAUCGAAAGCAUUACUACUGCUCCAUCUCCUACCACUAUCACUAUCACAGCUACAUCGACCAGCACCAGUUUUGAGGCGGCAGCAGCGAUCCCCACUACGAAUAUUACGGUAACAUCUACGACUUCCGCGAUCCCCUCACGGUCUAUUACGACGAUAACAAUCAUUCCCUAUACGACUACAACGACAGGAGCAUCGACGCCGAUCGAAAGCACUACUACUGCUUCAUCUCCUACCACUAUCGCUACCACAGCUACAUCGACCGCCACCAGUUUGGAGACGACAGCAGCGAUUCCCGCUACGAAUACUACGAUAACAUCUACGACUUCCAGCGCAGUUACUACUACUGCAACAACCGUUUCUUCAACGACUACUUCGAGAAAUGAAGGAAGUAUGAUUUCCACAACGACUAGUACAACAGAAACAGCAACAACAACUUCAGAACCAACGUUUGCUUUUUCAAUUAAAGCGACUCCACACUUUAAACAAUCCUCGAGCAUUGGUUCAAUUACCAAAUCUACCAUGUUCCUUGAGGAAGUUCUGUUGUUUUGGUCAUGUCUCUUGAAUACAGCGGCCUAA